GCAAAAAGUUGCAAUCCAACAUCAUCAAGAAAGGAAACAUGGGUCCAAGCAAGUUAAGGAAAGCCAUUGGGGCGGUGAAGGACCAGACCAGCAUCGGCCUAGCCAAGGUCGGCAACAGCACCUCCCUCUCCGACCUCGACGUGGCCAUCGUGAAGGCCACGCGCCACGAGGAGUACCCUCCCGACGAGCGCUACGUCCGCGAGAUCCUCAACCUCACGGCCUUCUCCCACAUGUUCGUGAGCGCGUGCGUGAGCACCAUCACGAGGCGCCUGAGCAAGACGAGGAAUUGGGUGGUGGCCCUGAAAGCCCUGAUGCUCAUCCAGCGCCUGCUCUCGGAGGGCGACGCCGCCUACGAGCAGGAGAUCUUCUUCGCGACAAGGCGCGGGACUCGCCUCCUCAACAUGAGUGACUUCAGAGACGCCUCGGCUCGCUCCAACUCGUGGGACUACUCGGCGUUCGUCCGCACCUACGGGCUCUACUUGGACGAGCAGCUCGAGUUUAAGGUGCAGGGCCGCAGAGCGAACCAAGGGGGGGGCUAUGCGUGCGAUGUCUCGGGGGCGGAGCUCGCCACCACCGCCGCGUGCAACGCCAUUGUGCCGAAGGGCACUCCACUCCGUGAUAUGAAGAUUGAGAAGAUCUUUUAUAAGAUCAAUCAUCUAAUGCAACUUCUAGAGAGGUUUUUGUCAUGCAAGCCAACAGGUGCUGCAAGAGAGAACAGGGUUGUGAAUGUGGCUUUAUACCCCAUAGUGAAAGAGAGCUUUCAGCUCUGUUUCAACAUAACAGAGAUCAUGUCAGUCUUGAUUGAACGCUUCAUGGACCUAGAAAUACCAGAAAUGGUGAAAGUCCACGAGAUCUUCUCCCGCGUGUCCAAGCAAUACGACGACGUGGAUGCGUUCUACACGUGGUGUAAGAACGUUGGCAUUGCGCGCUCCUCCGAGUAUCCCGAAGUUGAGAAGAUCUCACAAAAAAGGCUCGACAUGAUGGACGAUUACAUUCGCGAAAGGACGAUCAUGGCCCGUGAGAAGAGACCCGCCAGCCCGGAGCCGGAGCCGGAGCCCGAACCCGUCGAAGAGACAGAGCCCAAAGAGGAUAUGAAUAAGAUCAAGGCAUUGCCAGCACCACCACCACCAUUACCGGAAACUAAAGCAAAAGAGAAAGAGGUAGUGGAAGAGAAGAAAACUCAAGAAGAGGGGGAUUUGUUGAACCUAGGUGAAAAUGCACCUACUACACAAGAGCAUGGUGAUAUGCUAGCAUUAGCUCUGUUCGACGGCGGCCUACCCACGGCCGGUCCGGAAAAUAAAACGAACCCAUGGGAGGCCUUCAAAGAGUCAUCGUCUGGGGAUUGGGAGACGGCUUUAGUCCAGACUGCUAGCCACUUGUCGAACCAAACGGUAUCGCUUCCCGGAGGGUUCGACACAAUGAUUCUUGAUGGUAUGUACCAACAAGGUGCAUUAUCUCAGGCAGUGGCUUCUUCGGGUGUUGUAGCUACCGGAAGUGCUAGUAGUGUUGCUCUAGGGUCAGCGGGUCGGCCGGCCAUGCUAGCAUUGCCAGCACCACCCUUAGCCGAGGGCGGAACCGCCAGUUCAGAGAAUUACGACCCUUUUGCCGCCUCCCUUGCUGUUCCACCACCACCAUACGUGCAGAUGUCGGAGCUGGAGAAAAAGCAAAGCUUUCUUGUACAAGAGCAACUAAUGUGGCAACAAUAUGCAAAGGAUGGGAUGCAGGGACCAGCAGCUUUAGCUAAGGCAAACCCGAGUUCAUCAUACCCGCACAACACGACGACACCAUAA